CUGUACCUUCGAUAAGUAUCAUCGCACAAAGUCAAGACGCUCGCAGAUCGUGCCAUGCAUCACGCUUUAUUUCUCCCCGAAAUUGCAUGCAAUAUUUUCGAGUUCCUAAAUCCUUUUCUUUCGGGACCCGAAGACUGUGAUGAGCCCAACCUACUUCGUCUGCGGGAUCUCGUAGCAGUCGCUGUAACGUGUCAUGCGUUGAGCGGUCCGGCGCUCGACGUGCUAUGGGAUACUCAAAUGUGCUUCGGACCAUUGUUGAUGUGCAUGCCGCCGUCCGUCGUUCAAGCUCAGAAUAAUGAUCUUGAACCCGAUUCGGAGGACGAGGAGUGGAAUAUUGCAGUUCGUGAAGAACCAGAAUUAUUCAAACAGCCUCCGAGCAUUCACCUGAUUCAAGAUCCUUUGCCCUCGGAUCUAUUGCACAUGCCUCCAUAUGCUCGACGGAUCAAGAGGAUAGGUUCACCUGUAACCGAAUGUCGAUGGCCUCUUCCCGAACGAUUUUCGAUCUCAUGCUAUAUCAUCAAUUGGCUUCUUUUGGCAUACCCUAUAGAGUUUUUUCUACCCCGUCUCACUCACAUGUCCUAUUUCAGCGAAAUAAACGAAAUAAAUGGCGCGGGGAUUUCGUUGGCGCCAUUAUCCCGUAGUAACCUUACGAGCCUCGAAUUCUAUCCCACGUUCGACGACAAAGUAGACGGCUGGCCAUUACUCUCAAGUCUGGUUAAUGACCUUCCUCAGCUCAGGACAAUAAGAAUGAGAGUCUUCGUUUUUCGCCGCUAUGAGCACACGCUCUACUCUGGGGCAAUUGCCCCUCUGUGCUUGUUCCGCAACUUAGAACAUCUGGAUCUUAGUAUCAGCGGGCAGGUUUCAGAGGGUCUUGGCUUCGCUGGCCUUCAGAUCAAGUUCCCUCGUUUACAGAGACUGAAAUUGUCAAGCGAUACGAUUUUUGCUGUUGGUUUUUUGACAGCAUUGCAGGCGACAGUGCUCCACACCCUCGACUUUGUCGUGGACCGCGACUCAUCAGCUGGCAACCAGCCUGAGCGCUUAGCACGCCAUCGACUCUUUCCAUCCUUGCGAUGUCUAACAAUCGCAAGUGAUAUAUGUUUCAUGACGUCACUCAUAGAAGUUAUUCAUUCGAGUACGCUGGACAGCAUUUCUUUGACCUUCCCCUACACAUCCGACAAACACACCGUGCCUACACUUAUGGCCCUGAUCUUGUCGAAGAGCGGAUGGGAAUCAUCCCUGAGGACCAUUACCAUCAAAAAAACAGGAGUGUGUCUAGGGCUUGACGGGCCCCACAGUCCUAGUCACCCAUACUUUCUUUCCAUAGAAGACCUUCUCGUCUUCUCCCACUUACAGCACGUUAUACUGGAUGACCUCGUGAUACCACUGAACAAUACUCUAUACAAAAAACUUGCGACCAGUUGGCCCGACCUGGUCGAAUUCUACUCCAGACCUACCGCCGCACCGAGAAGCCAUGUGGCUGUAGUUUCUGGCCAUGGGAUCGUCGUAACGCCUCUUCAGGUCCGUCCAGUGAUAGCUACUGUAGAUCUCGGCAGUCUGGUCACCUUCGCAAGGCAUUGUCCAAAAUUAUCGCGUCUUCAGCUUGGUAUCCUGUUGGAUACGACAGAGAUACCAGUGCUCGAUGACGAAACACUUACUAUUUUGUCUUCGCGCCCCACGCGUUCCACCUGCAUGCGAAUAUCAGUGCAUGCGGAUUCAUCCCCCACCAAUCCAAAAGCAGUGGCGAAAUUUCUCGCAACGAUAUUUCCUGGCAGAGAAAUCAAGAUCGUACUUGUUGCAUCCUUUUGCCACCCGUACCGAUGCACACGUUCAAAUCGGUGGUAUGAAGUUGUGGAACACCUAAGGAAGUCACAGCCGAGCAGCCUCGAAUUAGGCCGUUGCUAUCGUACAAACGUUUGUGUAGUGUGUUACACGUCUGUAAUGUCCUUUUCGUUAUGACCAGAAGUAGGGACAAACUUGGUUUCUCGAAAAUGAACUCAAGCUUGAUUAAGCAUGAUUAAUGAUUAAUGAUUGUUGACAGGACACCAUUUGAUGAGUACAUUCUGCGACGACAUUGUCAUUAUACCGGA